AUGCCGUUUCGAAGUGACCGGGCAGAAAUCAACUACGCGGCUAAUCCCUGCAAUACGGACGUUGCUUCAGACCCUGCGACAGAGGUGGGGGUACUUGACAAUGCCAGUAUUUUUUCCUCGUCGGUAGCCUCUGAGACGGUUGAGAAGCCGCAGAAUAACGUUGUUUCCGUCAACGACAAUAAAGAAGGCGAUGAAGCACAGCACUCCCAGGACAGGAACCGUUCGGUUUCUCAAGUGGAGAGUACAGAAAGAAAGGAAUUUACAUCCGCCACGAAUCUGCGACACAAGUCACUGAAGCAGCCGAUCCGUUGGGAGCGAAUAGAACUCGCCGCGCCGUUGGAUGACCCGGAAGACGAGUUUGAUCUCGGCACUGCACAGAAGCCGAUAUUUCAAGAAGGGACAAAGGGGGUCAAGAACGAGUUUCUAAACGGUGAGCCAACCGUAGAGGGCGAGGUAAUGUCCUGCUUUGAGGAGCCCGGGCUGCUGUACCGUAUUGUCGACAAGAAGAAAAAAACCUGGGCCUUCUACAAUGACUCUCUUGCAUUUGAGGUGCAUGUCUCAUGCGCAUUUGGCAAACAUUCCAAAGUGCAGCCGCUGGGGAACACAAAGAUGCGCCAAGAGCCUGACGGCAGUUACACCGCCGAAGUUGUUGUCUAUCCUGUUGAAACGGAGAAUUUUAUCAAGGGGUACGUGAAUGGCUUCAGCAGUCAGUUACGUGCAUUACCACUUUCUGAUGAAUACUUUGAGACGCGAGAGACUUUGCAACAUGAAAAUUUUUUGGAGAAGGAGUUUGAUGCCGUGAAGAGCCUCGUUGGCGAGUGGAAAGGCGCAGAACAUGCGCUGAAGUCUUGUAUUGAAAAUAAUGUACCAUUUGUCGAUUUUGAUUUCUUACCGGUCUGGAAGAGCAUUCAACUUGGGUCAACACGGGCACCAAAGAAGAUGCUCUGGUUACGCCCACGGAUGUAUCUACCUGAAGGGCAUGUCGAACAGGUGCGUCUCUUCCGCAGACCCAUUUUUCCUGGUGAUGUGGAACAGGGUGAGCUCGGAGACUGUUGGCUGAUGUGUGCCAUCGCUACACUUGAAGAAGACCCGGGGGAUGUGAUGCGGAUGUUUCGCAACCCUUUUGGCGCGGAGACGGCACGGCGCGAGCGGGCGGUCGGGGCGUAUCGUGUCACUCUUAAUACAAGCGGCCUCUGGAGGAGCGUUAUUGUGGAUGAUUACUUUCCAGGCUAUGCGGGGAUGCUGAGGUUUGCCCACAGCAGCGAUGUCUGCGAGAUUUGGCCCUCGGUUCUUCAGAAGGCGUUCGCAAAGUUGAACGGUAGCUACGGCCUGGUGCAAUCUGGCGACCCCGUUCACGCCCUCACGGAUAUGACGGGGUGUCCCGCCUCUCGAUUUGACGAGGUCUUCGCCGUGGCACAGGAAAAUGGCGGGAAGGAACUCUUUCAGCAACUGCUCCACUACCAGGACUCUGGGUUCCAGAUUAUUUUGACAACCGCAGGAAAGGCGCCUGCGUUUAUAUCUGGCACCAACAAGAUUGCCAGUCUCUUUGACGAGGAACCCGAGCUGGAGAGGAUACUUGGUGGCACUGGAAUUUUGCCAGGCCAUGCUUACACCAUCACGGAUGUGCGCUACUUCCCCAAAGAAGGCGAUCUGCAACUUCUGCAAAUCCGCAACGUUUGGGGCUCUUGUGAAGAAUGGAGUGGUCCAUGGUCUUCAGAGAGUUCUGAAUGGGACUCGCACCCGGAGGUGAGAGACGCCUGUGGGAGCAGUCACCGCGAUGAUAAGGUUAUUUGGAUGGACUGGCAACAUGUGCUGAAGUACUUUUCUGGAGGCGGGGUGAUUUACCGUCAUCCGUCCUACGACUACCGCAUCCCACUGCUCUUCACGGACUGCCGCCCUUCUUUGGUCAUUGAGGUAACUGUAGACAGUCCUGUAUGGAUGUGUUUUAUUCUUUCCAACGUUAAUCCCCGUACCGUGCAGGACUACACCAGUCAUUUGGGUAAAUCACAUGAGUACCCGCCUUUGAUGCUUUCCCUUUCUACUGCACAAGCAGGGAAAUAUGACGAACACAAAGUGAUAAACAACACUUCUGUGGACGCUGCAAAACCGUCAAGGGACAAAUGGACCUUCACACAGGCACGUGAAAUCAGCAUGUUGUGCAGACUCACCCCCGAUGAAUCGCCAUACCUGGUUAUUCCCCGUAUGAUGGAGAAUGAUGAUACUGUGAGCGGAAGCACAGCCUGGUUUGCAAAUCUACAGGACCAGACCUACCCGCUGCAUUUCAGAAACGGCAACGCGGCGCCAUCUGACGUGGAUUCAGAGGGGGCAGCAGAGAUCCCUGUUGUGUUAGGUGUUCGUUGCUCGAGGCCCAUUGGCGCAGAGGGCAACGGCGGGGUAAAAGUGAACUUUAAACGUAUCGAAGGUGAAAACGUGGUGUUUGAAAACUUCCCGAAGUUCCCCGCGGAAACAACGGCGCUGAAUGACAUUUAUUAUCAGGUGAUGUCUCCUACGCAGGGCUACGCGGUGGAAAAAAUGGGUGACUCUCUAUCCUGA